CAGCCUCAGGGCUUUGGGUGUGGGGCGUUUGAGUGGUGCGGAAUCCGAAAGAAAUCCACCUCUCCGUGUUUUACUAGCAGCUUGAGGAAGCGUAAGGAAAGUGCUGGGAAGGCUGUCAGCUACAGACUCUUGGCUUCAGGAAAGUCAGCUACCUUUCCUGAUCUUGAAAGUCGUGGCCAUAUGAAGAGGUCCUGUAGUGCCCACUGUACAGUGUCCCCUGUUUACCAGAACCUGUAAUUCCGAGUGGUUCCAUCAGCUCCUUUUCUAAACCCUUCUGUGAGAACAAGCUGGUUCUUCUGGGAAUAAAGAACUGCCUACAGCUAUUUGCACUCAUCUGUUCUUCUCUACAUACGUGCUUGGUCUUUUCCACACACAACCAGCGGGUGCUAGUGGACAGGCCAGGCAGCGUUAGUCAGGCAACUGGCUAUGAUAUGAAAAUAAUGCUUCUUGGCCUGAUGUAAAAUGAGGAAUUGCACAAGGUAUCUUCCAUACUACACCCUUUAUGAGAAAAUCGGGAGACUCUGGCCUUCAGAAUUUCAUUACAAGGGACCAUAAGAGCACCUUCCAAUAUGAGAUACACACUGCAAAGACACUGUCCAAUCAAUACAUCUUUGAAGGAACAUCAAUUAACAUUGCUCAGCAGUUCAAGAACCUCAAGGCUGACUAACCUUCUCAAAGGAGACCAAACAGCUCCUGUGUCUGGAGGCAAUGGCCUGAGGCAGCCUGGACACCUGGGAACAAAGCAGAGAGCCAUCCGUGGAAGCUCUGAGCCACAUCUCCCAUGUGUCUGGAUGGGAGAUUAAAUUGCCUUACAAGGAAAAUCCUUACUGGAAGCCAGCAUGUCCAAUUUUACCUCGCGAAAAAUUUCUUCCACAGGAAAUGAUAUGAAGAAUACCUCUCAGGGGACAACAUUGAGGCAACAGGGUUUUCAUGAUGUGAACAAAAGAAGGACUUUCUUACAGGACAACAGCUGGAUAAAGAAACGUCCGGAAGAAGAGAAAGAUGAAAAUUAUGGUAGGGUGGUGCUCAGCCGACAUAACUCCCAUGAUGCCUUGGACAGGAAAGCAAAUGAGAGACAUGAGCCAAAAGCUACAAUUAGUCGGUACAGAUCUGAUGACACUUUAGACAGGAUCUCAGACAGAAAUGAUGCCACUAAAACAUAUAAGGCCAAUACCUUGGAUAACCAACUAACCAAUAGAAACAUGUCCACGUUUAGGUCACCAGAAGCAGCAAAGAUGCAACCUAGAGUUUCGUUCAGUGCCAACACUGCCAGCACCCCGGCUCCCACCGCUGUGACAACUCCUGUAAAGAAAAAGAGACAGUCCUGGAUUCCGCCUCCUCCUCCAGGUUACAGUUCCACCCCAAGCACAGGAACAACCAGAAGGGAACCAACUGUUCACCCUCCAAUACCUCCAAAGCCCAGUUCUCCUGUUUCAUCUCCUAACCAGCUGAGACAGGAGAAUAGGCAAAUAUGUCCACCUAAACCAGGUGUAAAUACAGAAACCAACAGAUCUGCUGAAAGAAAUAUAAGGGGUCAGGAUCUCGAGAACAUCAUCAAAGUGGCCACUUCAUUUCAGAAAACUAACAAGGGUGAAGAAUUGGAUAAUCUUAUCAAAAUGAACAAAAGCUUGAAUAGAAAUCAAGGUCUGGAUGGUCUCUUCAGAGCAAAUCCUAAGGCAGAGCAAACAGAGAAAAGAGCCAAAAGCCUUGAAAAUCUCAUUUUUAUGAAUACUCGAACAGACAAAGACAGCAAAGGAAACCAAGGCCUUGGAAGUCUUAUUAAAGUUAAUCAAAGGAUGGACAAAAAUGAAGAAGGAAGCCAAGAUCUCGAAACGAUUAUCAAAGUGAAUGCCAGGACAGAUAAAACUAGGAGAGGGAAACAAGACCUUGAUGGAUUUAUUAAAGUGAAUCCUGAAGCAAAUAAAAAUAUCAAGAGGGGCCAGAGCCUUGACAAUCUCAUCAAAGUGACUCCUGAAGUAAACAGCAGUAACACAGGUUCCAAAAAUCUUGAUAACCCCAUCAAGGUGGUUCCAAGAACAGGAAAAAGUAUGCAAGGGGGCCAAAGUCUUGACAGCCUUAUCAGAGUGUCUCCUGAAACAAACAGAAUUAACCAAAGCAGGAAAGAAGGUCUUGAUGAACUUAUCAAUGUAAGCCCCAAAGCUGUCAAAAACAUGGCUGGAAAUCAAGAUCUUGAUAAGCUCAUCAGAGUGAAUCCUGAAAUUCUCACCAACAACCAGAGAAACCAGGAUCUGGAUAACCUCAUCAAAGUGAAUCCUGCAGUGGCCAGAAGUCGUCAGAGUGAAGGCUUGGACAAUCUCAUUAAAGUGAAAUCUUCAGCUCUCAGAAACCCUGAGCGAGACCAAGAUCUGAAAAAUGAAGUAAAUUCUAAUGUGCCUAAAAACAAAAAUGGAAGGCUAGAUGGCCAAGUCAAUGGAUCCACGGAUGCUUUGAACGACCAGCUCACUGGAUCUCCUGCCCAUUCGUAUGAAGCCAGGAAGAAUCUCAGCUUCAAUGCUGAAACCAAGCACGCAGGACCAAAGGAUACCUUUGUGUAUACAAGGACAUAUGUGGAGAACAGUAAAUCACUGAAGGAUGGAUAUCAGGAGAAUAUCUCCGGAAAAUACAUACAAACUGUUUAUUCAACUUCAGACAGGUCUGUCAUUGAAAGAGAUAUGUGUACUUAUUGCCGGAAACCUUUGGGCACAGAAACAAAAAUGAUUUUAGAUGAAUUACAAAUUUGCUGCCAUUCCACUUGCUUCAAGUGUGAAAUAUGCCAACAGCCUUUGGAAAACCUACAAGCAGGUGACAGUAUUUGGAUUUAUAGACGGACAAUACACUGUGAACCUUGCUACUCUAAAGUUAUGGCAAAGUGGAUUCAAUAAUUCUGGCACAUGGAAAUCAAGAGAAAAGCGUACAUUAAGAAGUUACAAUUUUAUUUUAAGAAUAUUUCAUCUGGAAAAGCAUUUACACUGAAGAUUGACUCUUGUAUCUAACAAUUCUGCUAUUGCACAAAUAAUCUAAUUGCCUUCAAUAAGGUCAUAUACAAAAAGGAAACCAUCUGGUGUCUGGCUAGAUUUAGCCAUGAAAAAUUCAAGAGGUUCCAGCUACCAGUGUCCAAGGAAUGAUUGUUCUGAGGGCAGUGAGCUGUGUCAACCUUAACUAGGUCCAUGUCUGUCCCCUAUGUGUGUGUGGACAUUGUGGUUGCUGUUAUAGAAGAGUUUCCUUUUUCUCAUCUUUGUUUCCCUAAGGAUUUGGAUUUACAGACAUUAUUGACAUCCUGACAAACUGUCAAAAAAGCAAAAUAUGUUUCUUUUAUGCUCAAAAGAAAUGUUGAUAGAAAUUUUUUAUGAAGUUUGGCAGAAAGAUGUUUCAUAUAAAGUUGUAUGAACCUCAGAGAAUCACUUGACCCUUCCAAACAAAAUGAUUUCUAGGGUCCCUUUCUGCUCCCCAAAUUAUCUGAUUCUAAAGCAAGUGUUGUUUUCUUCUCAAAACUACAAUUGAAUAUGUGUUUGUUAAGCAUAUUGAACUAAAUAGUACAUUCUAAACAAUUUGAUGUUAUCCUUCAAUUUGCCAGAGAUAUAAUUUUUAUAGAAUGUUUUAAAAAUAGACAUGGAUUUAUGGAUAAUGGGGAAAAAAUCACAUGAUGUGGAUAGUUUACAUAUGAUAAAUUGUUCAAUUUUCUUUGCAUGUAUUUCAAAAUCCCGGUAUAUGAAUAAUCUCUGAGAAAUAAUGGUUGUGGAUUACAAAGACAUGUUCUUCUGCUUGUUGCAUAUCUAUUCAUACUACAUAGCACUUUACAGCUACAGACAGCAUAUAAAUAAAAAUAAAAUGAAUUACCAGUUACACAGAAUCUUUUUGUGGAAUGUCUAUAAAUAUUCACUGACUUUGAUGUCAUCAGUUACAGAGAUCACAAUUUAUUAUAUUCUAUGCCAUACUGGUUAACUUAAUUCUUUAACUACUUGAACUAUAGUUUUUAUUUUAUUAUUAUUAUUAUUAUUAUUAUUAUUAUUUUGAGAGAGAGAGAGAGAGAGAGAGAGAGAGAAGCACAGUGGGGGAGGGGCAGAGGAAGAGAGAAAAUCCCGAGCAGGCUCCAUGGCCUGCGCCUAUCCUGACACAGAGCUCCAUCUCAAAACCCUGAGAUCAUGAUCUGAGCUGAAAUCAAGAGUGGGGUUGCUUAACUGACUGAGCCACCCAGGGACCCCACAGCAUUUAUUUUUUAAGAGCUUUUUCUUGAGGAAUUGAAAAUUCAAUAAUCCUAUAUGAGGAUCUAGUAUAUUUGUGAGAAAUUGUUCUUAUAAACUAUGUUAUGUGCACACAGAACUGCUUUCUCAAAGGAAGGCAUACAGAACAUUGAAGAGAGGAUGGAAUUUUAGGGAAGCCUAAGGUAGUUGUGAAAAACGGACAUCAAUUAGGGAGAUUAAAUGAUCAUCAUAUAUUUUCCAAAUGUUGAUAAAUUUAAAGAAUUAUUCUUCUGUGUAAUGAUAUCAGCAUCUGUUCCUCUUAGAGACUGGUCUGCAAAGUGUUAAAUACAAAACCCUUAUCAAAACACAGCAAUGUAUAAUUGUCCUAUGGAGAGGAAGCCAGAAAAAAACAAUUAAUAAUAAUUUGAUAUUCAUUAAUUCAUGCUUGAUGAGAAGCAGUGGUAAUUGGGCCAUAUGUUUUAUUGUUCUUUUAUUACAUGCUAUCAGAGUGGAUCAAAAGAAAUAAUUUUCUUAGGGUUGGAAUUUGUGGCAGAAAAGGAUGGAUGGAAGAGUAUCCCUCCCUUUUAUAUAAAGUCUAUUAACAUCUCAAUGCCUUUGUAGUAAUUAAAAAUCAUUUGAACAUCA